CACCCUCUAUGUCUGAGCACACGGAGUGGAGCAGACGGCAGCGGCCACACAAACACACUCCUAUCCCAGUUACACACACAUCACACACAUACGCACAGACAGUGACGGCUGCCAGACGCAGUGGGAAGCAAGCAGUCAGAGAAGAAAGCGAGUGAUCGCAGAGGGGAAGAGAAGAAAAGAGAGUUGGAGGAGGCACCUUGUGGAUCAGAGGGGAUUUUCCUCAGUGUGAGUGUUCGUCUGGAUCAGCCUGCUUCUUCCUGAGUGAAAGGAGUUGUUACCCAAAGCUUUUUUUUCUUUUGCUCAUCUUCCACUCCGGACUCCGUUUACCUAUCUAUUCCAGGAGCUUAACAAAAGAGGGAGGGAGGGGGAAAAAAAACAAAAAAAAACAGUCACAGCUUCAGCUCCAGACCACCCUCUAUCAUCCUCCUCCUCAUCCUGCUCCACAUCUAUGUGUGAGUUCACCAUCGUCUUCGGAGGAUAGGACACAGCAGAGAGCGUGUGUGUUCUCCCGGAUACGACAGAGGGAUCAGGGUCUUGUGCGGCUGGGAAAAAGAAGGGGGAAACAGACCCACUGGGAUAACGAGGAAUUGACGAGGAGCGACACGGGAACUGCGAGCAAACUGCGGGCAUGUGUGCUUUUUAGACUGUGAGGAACCGGCAACUAGAUCCCGUCCAUUCCUCCCUCCUCCUCAUCACUCUCUUCCUCUUGCCCCCUCAUUUACACUCUUUCUGUCCGGCUGGCCAAUCUCUCCUAUUGUUUCCUGUAUUGCCUCUCACAUCUUUUUCCCCCCCCUCUGUUGCCCCUCGAUUUAAACCCCCCUUUUUUUAUGUCGCCACUCCGGAUUCUGUCUGUCUCUUAAUACCAACAGGAAAGACUUUCCCCCCCUCCCCUUGAGCUCCCCGACAAGUAGACGGACUGAAAUUCCGAGUGUGUUUUCUCCCUGCAUCCUCGCCUAAAAGGAUCCAGGCGACGACCUCGGCGAGAUCGUACCCCCCCACCCCCACCCCCCCCUGACCCCCCAACUGCGAGCUUCUAUCCCCAGCCUGCAGGACCUCCAGUUGGAUUCCAGCUACAUGGGCAAGCGUUUGGAGCAGCAGCAAAUGUACCCCCAGUACACCUACUACUACCCCCACUACCUCCAGACCAAGCAGUCCUAUGCUCCUCCCCCUCCACCCAUGGCUCCACCCAGCCCCAGCACCACAGGAGGAGGUGGAGGUCAAGGAGGAGGUUUGGUGGAGCAACUAAGUAAGACAAACCUGUACAUCAGAGGCUUGCCGCCGGCUACCACUGACCAAGACCUCAUCAAACUCUGCCAGCCAUACGGAAAAAUUGUUUCUACAAAGGCCAUUCUGGACAAGAACACUAAUCAGUGUAAAGGCUAUGGCUUUGUGGACUUUGACAGCCCUGCAGCUGCCCAGAAAGCCGUGGCUUCGCUCAAAGCCAGUGGAGUCCAGGCACAGAUGGCCAAGCAACAGGAGCAGGACCCCACCAACCUGUACAUCUCCAACCUGCCAGUGUCAAUGGAUGAGCAGGAGCUGGAGAACAUGCUGAAGCCUUUUGGUCAUGUUAUUUCCACUCGGAUACUGAGGGACGCCAACGGACUAAGCAGAGGGGUUGGCUUUGCCAGGAUGGAGUCUACAGAAAAGUGUGACGUGGUCAUUCAAAAUUUCAAUGGCAAAUUCUUGAAAACUCCUCCAGGCAUGGCAGCCCCCGCAGAGCCGCUGCUAUGCAAGUUUGCUGACGGAGGCCAGAAAAAAAGACAGACCCAGAUCAAAUAUCCCCAGAACGGCCGACCAUGGACGCGGGAUGGAGAGAGUGGUAUGGCGCUGGCAUAUGAUCCCACCUCGAUGCAAAAUGGGUUCUAUUCAUCACCGUACAGCAUCUCCACCAAUCGGAUGAUUGCCCAGACGUCAAUCACACCCUUCAUUGCUGCCUCUCCUGUUUCCACAUAUCAGGUCCAGAGUACAUCUUGGAUGCCACAUCAACAGUAUGUUAUGCAACCUACAGGUGCUGUGAUUGCCCCGUCUGCAGCUAUAGAGCCCAGCUUGUCACUUCAUCCCUCUGGUGUCAUGGCGCCUCUCACCCAACAGAUGAACCACCUGUCCUUGGGCACUACAGGCACUUACAUGCCUGCUGCAGCAGCUGCUCCUAUGCAAGGAACCUACAUUCCCCAUUACACUGCAGUGCCUGCUUCUGCCAUCACAGUGGAAGGUGUGGUGACAGACUCUUCUCCACAGACAGCUGCCCCUUCCUUGCAGGACACCAGUGGGCAGCAGCCUUUAUCAGUGGAGAACACAGGGGAGCAUGGCACUGCCUACUCUUACCAGCAGACUAAAUAACAAGAUUGGUCAUUGCUGUGUUGCCUUGAUGAGGACUGCACUGACAGAGACAGAAACAAACCUGGAUAAUGUAAGGCCACAUGAACAUCUUGAAAGGAGGGAAUUUUCCAAAUUAAAACGGGGGGGAAAAAAUAACUUUGUUUUUUUAUCAAAAAAAAAAACCUUGUUGAAUGGAGAAAAGGACAACAGAGACCAUUUGCUGAGCUUAGGACAAUGAUACCAAAUGCAGUCUGUAUCUUUUGAAAUAACUUCUGCAAGUGGGACUGGACUUCGCCUUCAAAGGAAUAAAAAAAAAAAGAUAAGACAAAGACUGAAACAUCAACCAACAAGCUGUACAGAAGAAAAAUAACCUCUGAAUGUGCAGGUAGAUUUUCAGACUUUUGUAUGAAAAAAAGGAAUUAAAGACAAACUAGAUUGUCUUCCUUUGAUAUUAUCAUUUUCAUCCUUAUCAUUUGAGUAGUUUUCUAGGAGAUCAACGUUUUCGUAACUCUUUCUUGCCUUAAUUUUUCUCAAAGUGUGGGAAACGAUUUCCAUUGUGCUGACCUAUCGAAAAAGGGAGUGGAUGAGUAAGUUUGGGAGGAACCACACAGAUGAAACUGUACAGGAUUGCUUUCAAAAGGUAUUUGUUUGCAGAUGAUUGUAAUGAUUGGCGUGGUGCCGCUCAGCUCUUUAACGUGGGAAGGAUCAUUCCCACUGCUUACUGGCUGAAAACGCAGUUUGGUUUCUUCAUUGUAUUUAUAUUUUCGAUUAACUUAAAAAAAAAAAAUGUAAAACAGUUUUGUCUGCUUUACUUGUCUCAGUGCAAAUAGAACAGCUGUAAGGAGAAACGUUUAUGGCUUUGACUCAAAAGCAGAAACAAUUUUGAAAUGCGCAAAAGCAAUAGUUUAGUCUUUUGUAAAUCCGUAAAAGGCAGCCUGAAGGUGACAUAUUUUAUACCAAAGAUGAAGAAAAUAGCUAGAAAAGAUUUCUUCCUUUUGUUUUGUUUUUUAUUCUUUUACCACUGAAACUGAUUUUGUUGUUGCUGAUGGUCUACUGUACAAGAUCAUAUUUUGCUUUAAAAGAUGCUUUUUAUCAAACGCAAUGGGGAAAAAAAAAAUCUCUUACCAACUAAUAAGCUGUCAAAAGUUUGUUCAUUAGAAGGUUUGUAUCCUAUAGAAUAAUGAUGGCUAAUGUACACACACACCAAAUGUGUGACAUACGCGUCGGUUGAAUUGAAACAGCUGGACUUUUCUAGAUAGUUGAAGAUCUGUCACCUUUCAUCCAAAAAGCUUUUUCACCCUAACCUGUCCAUAAAAGAACAUUUUUAGGUAGAAACGCCAGAGUUUCAACCUUUUAUCCACACAGAAACAACGUUCUGUGUGGCCUAAGAGAUAGAUUGGGAACGUCUGAUAUUGUGUGGACAGGCAAACUGCUACUUUUUAAUAACAAUGACAUUGCCAUGCCGUCAUGUGACCAUAAAAAAUUGAGAAGACAGCUGCCAACAACAACAACAAUGGUAAACAACAAGGCUGUGUUUGUGUUGUGCAGUAGUUGCACAGUAGUACAACCUCAUCAACAUCUGUCAACUACCAUACACAAUUUUCUAAGUACAUCCACAAUUUCAGGUUAAGAACCACAAGACUUAGACUUAGACUUUCUUUAUUGUCAUUCACAUUUGAACUUUACAGUACAGAUAAGAAUUACAUUUUGUUGCAUUAGCUCGUUGUAGUGCAGCAUAAAAGAGCAAUAAGGUGCAGAUAUAAAUCGAUUUACUGUACAGAUAAAUAUAUUUCACUUUUGCAUAUGCAUCAACGUUGCAUGUAUGUUAUACUAUCUUUAUAGUCCAGCGAGUUAAUCCUUUUUUCGGGGGAAUUGUGGGGAUUAUUUUGAUGCGUUCAAGAGUCUUAUGGCCUGAGGGAAGAAGCUGUUACAGAACCUGGAGGUUCUACUACGGAGGCUGCGGAACCUCUUUCCAGAGUCCAGCAGUGAAAACAGUCCUUGGCGGCGGUGGGAGAAGUCUCUACAGAUUUUUUGAGCCCUGGUCAGGCAGAUGCUUUUUGCGAUCUCCCGGAUAGGAAGAAGAGGAGUCUUGAUGAUCUUUUCCGCCAUCCUCACCACUCUCUGGAGAGACUUCCAGUCUGAGGCACUGAAGGCUCCAGUCCAGACAGAGAUGCAGUUGGUCAGAAGGCUCUCUAUAGUGCCUCUGUAGAACGAGUUCAUUGUAACUAGCAUGUAGCUUCAACAUAGCGAUUCCUCUCUUCAAAAAUGAAAGCAGGAUCAAACCUAAGCAAAAGUCAGCAUUUUUGACCCCUUAAGGAGUCAAACUAUGUCUGAUGUGAGAAUAUUUGAUGGAAAGUUAAGAGAGUUUGACAGGAUGAUGGAAAACCACGCGCACUCGUAUUGACAUGUGCAACAACAACAAGGCAACAUGGCCGAAACCUACAGCGAGCUGUGAUCGACCGGUAAAUUGAGAGCUUUGCCUUCCGGCUCAGCUCCUUCUUCACCACGGCGGUCCGAAUGAUGUAGACGCCGCACAGAUCCACCUGUCGAUCUCACGAUCAACUCUUCCCUCACUCGUUAACAAGACUUAAGGGUACUUGAACUCUUCCAGCUUGGGCAGGAUCUCAUCCGCCCUCCACACUUUGGCGGGCGAGAACCAUGGACUAGGACUUGGAAGUGCUGAUUUUCAUCCCAGUCGCUACACACUUGACUGCGAACCGAUCCAGUAAGAGCUGAACAUCCUGGCGAGAAGAAGCCAGCAGGACCACAUCAUCUGCAAAAAGCAGAGACCUAAUCCUGCAGCCACCAAACCCGGCCUGACUGUGCCUAGAAAUUGUGUCCAUAAAAGUUGUAAACCGAAUCGGUGACCAAGGGCAGCCCUUGCGGAAUUCAACCCUCACUGGAAACGUGUCCGACCUACUGCCGACAAUGCUGACACUGAUCAUACAGGGAGCAGACCGACACAAUCAGGCAGCCUAAUACUCCACACUUUCUGUCCCACAAAUUAUUGCCAAUUGCUUGGAUUUACACAAUGUCAUGUCCGGCUCAUUAAAUAUGCAUGGUGGUCAAGCCAGCAUCUGUUCUCAAUGGGUACCAGGUGCCAUUUUGCCUUUCUCAAAGAAAAAUACCCUAAGCUUGCUUUGUUUUCAGCUGUACGAACCAUUCAAAUACGAAAAUAAUAAAUGUUUCUUCAAGAAGGGCGGAGGAGUAUAAUAUUUUACGAAAAAAGACAACAAAAGUGUCAGGCACUCCUGUCCAACGGAAUAGAGCCAAAGAAAGCACGAGUUUGCAGUGAGCUCUUUGUUAAAGGUUUGUUUGAUAUACUUUUAAGUAUUGCCUUGAUAUUAUAUGUAUUUUGUCUUGUUUCGGAGUUCUCAAAAAUGCAUUUUUGCUACAAGUGUUUCGUAAAGCACCAACUCGGUUAAUCUAAAAUAAAAGAAAGCAAAUGGGAGCAAAACCUAAAAGAGUUGAGCUUUUACCAAAGGCAGCAAUCAUAAAUGAAGCUUUCAGCACAUACACAACAUUGACAUCUAUAGUUAUAUUUUGAUAAAGACGGGGAAAAACACACGUACUUGUAAAUGGCGCGUGCAACAAAACGGCAACAAACAUGGCUGUAGACGCAAAGUUAAAUCAUGAAAAGCAACCUUACACAAGCUAAAACGAUGCAUAUUUAUCCGGGAGAAUCUUGCUACCAAUUUUCCUUGAGUUGUAGACCUCCAUGCUUUUCUAAGUUUUCAUCUGGGUUUUUUUGUGUAGAAUGAUGUCUGAAGCACAAUAGUUCGAUACGUCUGGGAACUCUAUAUCACUAAACUUUAUAUCACUAAAAAAUAUGUAUUUUUGAUAAAGUAUAGGGAUCUAUUACAUUGCAUAGUUUGAUUUUUUGCUCGUAUGUGCAUUUUUGCAGGAAGAUCUAGGCCUCUUGCUUACUCAGAUAGUUCGCACUAUGUUUGCUGAACAACAGCUAUCUUGGCUUGGUUAACCACCACUGGUUUUCCCUUCUGGGAUGAAGUCACGUGUCGGAAUACAAGCAAUGAACAAUAUUAUUGAAAGCAUUAUAUUGAGAUCAAAUUAAACACUAAUGUAAUCAUAAUAUAAAUACUUAUAAUGUAAGUAACACUUUUAAACACAAUCAACUUUUAUUUCAUUAAUAUUGAUUGGCUCAUCUUGCUUAUUCGGUUUGAAGCCAAAAUAUCGUCAAUACAUUUGGCUUUGUAAUUUAUUAUUUUCCUCCUAAUUUUUGCUACCUUGAGGUGCUUCUCACUCGCGAGUCGCAAUUAGCGAUGCUCUCUGUCCAUGCAUCCUGUGUAACAGUCCCACCUCCACCCACAGAGACAAUGAUUGUAGAUCACUGAAGGGAGAGUUCACUGUUAAUUUGAUUCUGCCAUUGAAAACAGCGUUGAGGUGCUAAAGGUGAUGAGAGUGAACCCUCUUGCACCCUGUUUGACUGCGAUAGACAAAGAAAACACACAAAAACGUGGCAAUUCAUAGAUUUUAUUUCAAUUUAUCGUUUAAUUAAAUGUAUUUAUUCAGCCUAGGCCGUAGACAUGAAUAAGGAGACUCCACACCUAAAAUGUUAGGACUGAAAACAACUUUUGGAUGAAAGGGCUUCAACUAACAGGAGUCCAGCAAUUCAAUGACCCCGAUGACUGAGAAUUUACACAGGCAAACACCAUGAGAUGUAAAAACGAAUUCAAGCCAAAAUACUUACAUAAAUGUACAAGCCAACUACAACAUGAGCAUAGCAAUGAAAAGGAAAGGGCAUUUCUGCACGGAACCAUUUAAGCUUAUGUAUUUCAUUAAUAGGUUAUGUAUCUCUUUUUUGUUCUUUGUUUUUUUACUUUUUGUGUGUUUUUUUAAGAAUUUGUGUAUGAGCUGCUAAAUACUAUGUCAGUGUUGGCGGGUGUGGAAAAUGCUGCACGUUCAGAAUGUUCCUCAAAAUCUUUUCAUUCAGCCAAGAUGAAACGCAUCUGGUUUACAGUUGUACAUAAAAAUUGAAAAAAAAAGAAGCAAAAGCAAAUGAAAUAGGAAGUGUUGCAAAAUGCAAUUUAACCAAAACCAACCAGACACAAACCUAAAUUUGAAGGCAGAGAGAGAGUCAAAUAUUUAUGUGAUCUGUUUUUGUACAUGUGUGAAAAAGAAAAUGCGACUGAAAAAAAUCUUUGAUGCUAUUUUUUUAUUUGCUUGGUCACAAGACCUCCAUGUCUUUUGAACUGUGAUUCUGAGAGUGUCUGUAGAGCCAGUGGAUAUUGAUGUGAUUUCAAAAUGUCUCUUUUGGUUUAGUUUUGUUUUCCU